CGCGCGCUCCCAUAUAGCAGAGCACUGAGAGCACAGACAUUCACUGAUCAGAGCGAUUCACUGAUCAGAGCGAGAGCGUCGCGAUAAGUCACAAAAGAAGUGUGUUUUUGGUUGCCAGGGCAAGACAAUCCUGCACAGAUUACCAAAAAAAAAAAAAAAACAGCAUUAAGGGACCAGUGGAUGGAGUUUAUUUUUACAGAGCAUCAAUGGAGUUGUGCAAGUGUUUUUGUUUGUUCCCUGCAUUUCGAAGAUGCUUGUUCACAAGGCCCAGUUUGACGCCGGAUUUGCGUAUCGUUUAUUUCUUAAGGAUGAUGCAAUCCCAAGGAAAAAGGGUCACGAUCGUGUGUUGGAACCGCAGGCGAUGACCCAGAGGCGUUCCUGGACCUAUUUGAAAGGACGGCCGAGGCAUGUGGGUGGCCGAUGGACAGCUGGCCUGUCCGGGUCCGAGUCCAUCAUCAACGCUGUGGUGCUGGAGCAGUUCAUCUCCCACCUUCCAAAGAAGACCGCCCAGUGGGUCCAGUGCCACCGCCCGGCGUCGUUGGAUCUGGCCAUCCAACUGGCGGAAGACCAGCUGGCGGCGUGUUCCGGGGUUGGCGAGCCCCUUCCUGCUGUCUCUCUCUCUCUCUCUCUCUUCCCCUGUCUCCCCCCCCUCUCUUCCCCUGUCUCCCCCUUCCCUCUUCCCCUGUCUCCCCCUUCCCCGAAAUCUGUCCCUCUCCCUAGGUCCCGUUGGGUGGGGCCACCGAGGUCCGGCCCCCGCUGGAGGAUGGGGAUGGAGCCCACAGCCGGGGCACGAGGCCCUGAGUGCGGAAUGGCCACGCCCCAACGAAGGGGGACGGAGGAGUCCUCUGCUGCAUCCCCACGCCAAUUCCCCGACCCACUUCCGGCCACUAGGGCGGCGGGGAGGCCUGGGCCGGCCUGCUGGUGUUGCGGGGAUCCGGGCCACUUUGUGGAUAGGUGCCCGGUCAUGGAGGUGGGGACACUGGUCCGGAUUCCGGACGACCCGCAGGCCGCCCCCGAUCAAGCCGGGCUGUACCAAAUACCUGUGAGUAUUAAGGGGGGUACCUAUCAGGCUUUGGUGGAUUCAGGGUGUAACCAAACAUCAAAGCCUGAAACAAUCCGGGACAUUGGAUACGGGCGCAUGGUUAAGGUAAGGUGUGUGCACGGGGAUAUAGUGGAAUACCCCGUAAAGGCCAUAGCCAUUAAAUUUAGGGGCCAAAAGCAUAAUGUGGAGGUGGCCGUUAGUCGGCGGAUGCUCGGAUAGCAAAAAUGAAAUUCAAUACGUCCUGGACCUGCGAGCAAAACUCCAUACACUGGGGCGCCUAUCUAUGGAGAAUUUGCUUCAGGCCCAGGACAGACAAAGCCAGCUGUAUAACCGGGGGACUAAGCUGCGAGAAUUUGCACCGGGAGAUAAAGUGCUCAUAUUACUGCCAACCUCUAGCUCCAAAUGAUUAGCCAAGUGGCAAGGACCCUUUGAAGUCACACGGCAGAUAGGAAAUCUCAAUUUUGAGGUAGUACGAACGGAUGGAGGUGACUCACGGCAAAUCUACCACCUCAACCUCCUUAAAAAAUGGAGCGGGCAGGAGUCAGUGCUGCUAGCAAUGGCAGUGAGUGGGGAGGAGGAUCUCGGGCCAGAGGUAGUUACUAAAAAGAAAUCCCUCGCACUGGCCCUAGGGGGAGGUCACCUCUCGCCCUCAAAGCUCACUGAAAUUGCGCGUUUGCAGGUAGAAUUUGCUGACGUUUUUUCGCCCCUACCUGGUCGUACUGACCUGAUUCAGCACCACAUUGAGACAAAGCCGGGUGUCGUAGUUUGCAGCUGGCCAUAUAGGUAACCUAAACACAUGAAAAAAAUAGUUCAGACUGAAUUAGAGGCCAUGCUGGGGAUGGGAGUAAUCGAGGAGUCACACAGUGAUUGGGCGAGGCCGAUAGUUUUGGUUCCUAAAACGGACGGCUCAGUGCGGUUUUGUGUAGACUAUCGCAGGGUGAAUGCAGUAUCUAAAUUGGAUGCUUAUCCAAUGCCGCGAAUCGGUUAGGCACGGCUCGCUUUUACUCGACAUUGGACUUAACAAAGGGAUAUUGGCAGAUCCCCUUAUCUCCCAUGUCCAAAUAAAAGACAGCCUUCACCACGCCGUGCGGAUUACACCAAUUUGUUACGCUUCCUUUCGGCUUGUUCAGGGCCCCAGCUACGUUUCAUGGAUCGAGUGCUGCGGCCCCAUGCUGCAUAUGCCACGGCCUACCUGGAUGAUAUUAUCAUCUAUAGUGGGGACUGGCCACGGCAUAUCGAGCAUGUGAGGGCGGUCCUCAGGGCGCUGAGACUGGCGGGGCUGAUGGCCAACCCGAAGAAGUGUGCAGUUGAGCGGGUGGGGUGUCGUCU